AUGGCUUCUCGAUGCCGAUCUUUCUCCAAACCGGCUCUUUCCAUGUUUAAAUCCGCUACAAACAAACCCAAAUCGGCUUCAUCAUUCUUCGGUCUCCGUCCUUCGCUUGGACCUGCGAGACCACCGAUUGCUCAAUUGGGCUCGCUUCAGUCUCUGCUUCCUCUUCACAGUGCGGUUUCUUCAGCUCGAUUGACUUCGUGUCUUGGUAUUGACUCAUUGAACUCAAGGUCGUUGUCUCAGGGUAUGCUCAGUGCGAAUCCAGGGGUUUGA